UCUGUUGCUGUUGUUGCUUCCGAACUCGUUUGCCCAGCAAACGAAAAUCAUGUCCAAUACAGAGGGAAGCAAUCUGGCCGAGUUCUCCCAACGACUCGCUGAAUUUUCCAACAACUUGUAUGGCAGUCUCAUUGCACUGAAGCCCAACACGAAUGUCGUCUUCUCGCCCUUCUCGAUACAAACCUGCGCGGCCAUGGCUCGCCUGGGAGCCGAGGGCGAAACCGCCGCCCAACUGGACCGCGGCCUUGGCUUGGUCUCCAGCGAUCCUCAGCAGAUAGCCGAGAGCUUCCACCAAGUGCUCGCCGAGUACGAGAAGAGCUCCAUAUUGCGCAUCGCCAAUAAGAUCUACGUGAAGCAGAACUACGAGCUGAAUGACGACUUCAACCGCCUGCUCUCGAAACAGUUUCUGUCGGCGGCAGAGAACGUGGAGUUCGCGCACAGCGUCCAGGCGGCGGGCAUCAUUAACGCGUGGGUGGAGCAGCAAACGAAUAAGCUGAUCAAGGAUCUGGUGCCACCUAGCCUGCUGGACGCGCAGACGCGCCUGGUGCUGAUCAAUGCGAUUCACUUCAAGGGCAACUGGGUGCACCAGUUCCCGGAGCACGCGACGCGCAAUGAGCGAUUCCAUUUGAAUGAGGUCGAGGGCGUGGAGGUGCCCAUGAUGAAUGUCAAGGAGCGCUUCCGCUACGCCAACUUGCCUGACCUGAACGCCGCCGCCUUGGAGCUGCCCUACAAGGACUCCAAUCUGUCCAUGCUAAUCCUGUUGCCCAACAGCAAGACGGGCUUGCCGCAGCUGGAGCAGCAGCUACGCGGCACGCCCCUCUCCAAGAUCACCGAGCAGCUGCAGAGCAACCAAGUGGUUGUCAAGCUGCCCAAAUUCAAAGCCGAGUUCCAGGUGGAGCUGACGCCCGUCUUCGAGCAGUUGGGCAUGACGCGCCUCUUCUCCAACCAGGCCGAGUUCGGCAAGAUGCUGAAGAGCCCCGAGGAGCUGAAGGUCUCGGCUAUCAUACACAAGGCCUUCAUCGAUGUCAAUGAGCUGGGCACCGAGGCAGCCGCUGCAACGGCCGCCGUGGUGCGCAUGAAGCGAAGUGUCAUUUCGAUUGAACAGCCGAUCCAGUUCCAUGCCGAUCAUCCAUUCAUCUUUAUGCUGAACCACAGGGAGCAGCUGCCCCUCUUUCUGGGCGCCGUCGUUCGACUCGAUGCCGCCGCAACAACAACAGCGACAGCCCAGCGUGACGAGCUUUAGCAAGGGCAUAAGCAAAGUCAACGAGCAGAAGCUGCAAUUAGAGUUAGACUUAUUUAGAAAUCUUUACGGGUAUUUUUUGUCAAGUUAA